AUGGAACUUAGUUCUCAAACAAAAAUUCUUAGCUCUACCCCUUUCAAAGUCAAUGAUCAUGUGGAAACCCUUCGCUUCCCAUUAAGGACAACACUUGACUUGAUUGAUAAAGAAACCGAGACAAAUGCUCUUCUCAUUUGGAAAGCCAGUCUUCAAAAUAAAAACCAGUCACUCCUGCCUUCAUGGACUCUCCUUCCUAAAAAUAAUGCAACCAAUUCUUCCAGCAAUCAAAAUGCAAGCUCAAAUGCAUGCAGUUGGUUCGGUGUUUCUUGCAACCAUGCAGGAAGUGUUAUUAGAUUAAACUUGACUAACUCAGGCCUGAAAGGUACGCUCCAUGAAUUUUCAUUCCUGUCACUCCCUAACCUUUCAUUUGUUGACCUCAGCAUGAAUGAACUCUUUAAUACGAUUCCUAUUGAUAUUAGUUACCUGUCUAAACUCAAAUAUCUUGAUCUAUCCUUUAAUAACUUAUCGGGGAAAAUCCCACCCCAGAUUGGCCUACUGAUCAACCUUGAGGUCUUGCACCUCGCCAAAAAUCAGUUAAGUGGCUCAAUUCCUCCAGAAAUAGGUCAUUUAAAGUCUCUUAAUGACCUUUCUUUGUAUGCCAACAAUUUCUGUGGAUGCAUUCCAGCUUCAUUAGGUAAUUUAAGCAACUUGGCUUAUUUGUACGUUUAUGAUAAUCAACUUUCUGGUUCCAUUCCUCCACAAAUUGGAAACCUUACCAAUUUAGUUGAACUUGACAUAAGUAACAGUUUCAAAGAUAAAGAAACCGAGCCAAAUGCUCUUCUCAUUUGGAAAGCCAGUCUUCAAAAUAAAAACCAGUCACUCCUGCCUUCAUGGACUCUCCUUCCUAAAAAUAAUGCAACCAAUUCUUCCAGCAAUCAAAAUGCAGGCUCAAAUCCAUGCAGUUGGUACGGUGUUUCUUGCAACCAUGCAGGAAGUGUUAUUAGAUUAAACCUGACUAACUCAGGCUUGAAAGGUACUCCCGAUGAAUUUUCAUUCUUGUCACUCCCUAACCUUUCAUUUGUUGACCUCAGCAUGAAUGAACUCUUUAAUACAAUUCCUAUUGAUAUUAGUUACCUGUCUAAACUCAAAUAUCUUGAUAUAUCCUUUAAUAACUUGUCGGGGAAAAUCCCACCCCAGAUUGGCCUACUGAUCAACCUUGAGGUCUUGCACCUUGCUAAAAAUCAGUUAAGUGGCUCAAUUCCUCCAGAAAUAGGUCAUUUAAAGUCUCUUAAUGACCUUUCUUUGUAUGCCAACAAUUUCCGUGGAUGCAUUCCGGCUUCAUUAGGUAAUUUGAGCUAUUUGACUGACUUUUCUCUCAAUAGUAAUUUCUUUUCGUGUUCCAUUCCUAUAUCUUUAGGUAAUUUAAGCAACUUGGCUUAUUUGUACGUUUAUGAUAAUCAACUUUCUGGUUCCAUUCCUCCACAAAUUGGAAACCUUACCAAUUUAGUUGAACUUGACAUAAGUAACAGUUUCAAAGGUCCCAUCCCUUAUAGUAUUGCAAAAUUUGAAAAGCAAACAUUGUUGCAUAUGAACCAAAAUCAGCUCUCUGGCUCCAUCCCCCUAGAAAUUGGAAAUCUAAAGUCUCUCAUAUUCUUAAGCCUUGAAACAAAUCAUCUUUCUGGCUUAAUUCCCACAUCUUUAGGUUCUCUUAGAAACUUGACUGUUUUAUACCUGUACAACAAUCAACUUUCUGGUACCAUUCCUGAAGAAUUAGGAAACUUGACAUCCAUAACUGAUCUUGAACUGGGUAGAAAUCAGUUGAAUGGUACUAUUCCAAUUUCCUUUGGUAGGUUGAGUGGCUUAAAAGCUUUAUACCUCCGUGAUAACCAACUUUCUGGUCCCAUUCUACAAGGGAUCGGGAACUUAAUGAAGUUGACUGCUCUAUUGCUGGAUGCCAACCACUUCACUAGCUUUUUGCCUCAAAACUUAUGCCAAAGUGGGUCUCUCCAAUUACUAAGGGCAGACAACAACCAUCUCACAGGUUCAAUAUCAAAAACCUUGAGAAAUUGCACAAACUUAAUUACAGUCUACCUUGAAAGAAACGAACUCUUUGGAAAUAUAUCUAAAGACCUUUCUUUGUAUGCCAAUAAUCUCCGUGGCUCCAUUCCUGCUUCUUUAGGUAAUUUGAGCAACCUGUUUUUCUUUUACCUUGAUCUCAGCAGGAAUGAGCUAUUUGGUACAAUCCCUCUUGAAGUUAGUCACCUCUCCAAACUCAUAUAUCUUGAUCUUUCCUUUAAUAACUUUUUGGGGGCAAUCCCACCACAAAUUGGCCUACUGAUCAAUCUUGAGACCCUGUCCUUAGCUGAAAAUCAGUUAAACAGCUCGAUUCUUCCAGAAAUAGGCCAGUUAAAGUCUCUCAAAGACCUUUCUUUGUAUGCCAAUAAUCCCCGUGGCUCCAUUCCUGCUUCUUUAGGUAAUUUGAGCAACCUGUUUUUCUUUUACCUUGAUCUCAGCAGGAAUGAGUUAUUUGGUACAAUCCCUCUUGAAAUUAGUCACCUCUCCAAACUCAUAUAUCUUGAUCUUUCCUUUAAUAACUUUUUGGAGGCAAUCCCACCACAAAUUGGCCUACUGAUCAAUCUUGAGACCCUGUCCUUAGCUGAAAAUCAGUUAAACAGCUCGAUUCCUCCAGAAAUAGGCCAGUUAGAGUCUCUCAAAGACCUUUCUUUGUAUGCCAAUAAUCUCCGUGGCUCCAUUCCUGCUUCUUUAGGUAAUUUGAGCAACCUGUUUUUCUUGUAUCUCAAUGAUAAUGUGCUUUUGAAUUCCAUUCCAGCAUCUUUGGGCGAUUUAAGCAACUUGGCUUAUUUGGCCCUUUAUAAUAAUCUACUCUCUGCCUCCAUUCCACCAGAAAUUGGAAACCUUAGCAAUUUAGUUGAACUUGAUAUAAGUAAGAAUAAUUUAACAGGUCCCAUUCCUUAUAGUAUUGGAAACCUUGAAAAGCAAACAUUGUUGCAAGUGUUUAAAAAUCAGCUCUGCGGUUCCAUCCCCCCAGAAAUAGGAAAUUUGAAGAAUCUCACAUUUUUAAGCCUUCAGACAAAUAAAUUUUCUGGCUCAAUUCCCAUGUCUUUAGGAGUUCUCAGCUUCCUAACUGUCUUAGACUUGUCCAACAAUCAACUUUCUGGCACCGUUCCUAAAGAAUUAGGAAACUUAAAGUCCAUAACUCAACUUGUUCUCAACAACAAUCAAUUAAAUGGUACUGUUCCAUUUUCCUUGGGUAAUUUAAGUUACUUAUCAGGUCUAUUCCUCCAUGAUAACCAAUUUUGUGGUCCUAUUCCUCAAGAGAUAUGA